UUUAUUUGCAUGUUAGCUUGAAAUAUUUUCCACAUUUUCUAUUUAUAUGAAGUAUGGUUGCAUUUAAGAUCAGUCUGGUGUUGUAAGAUGUGUAAGCAUGUGCCAGUACCACUGACAGCAUUAAAAUGUUCCAUUUUGCCAACAUCAUUAUGUAGAGUUUAAAAAAUGAAAAUUGGAAAAAAAAAUCCAAUUUAGGGGAAACUUUUAGGACAACAUGGCAGAGAAACAUGAUCCAUGUAGAAAUGCAAGCACGGUUCAUGCUUUACCUUUCUGAGCAUGGAUCUGAACUUUAUUUCUCUUAGCAAUGACAAAAACAGAGGGCAUUUUGAACGAGGACAUUAUCAGCAAUGAGGAAAGGGAAAUACUUGGUUUUGCUGAUUUGCAGUCAGCAGCCAGUUCAAACAGUAAUUGUCACUAAGGGGAUACAUAUUCCUCUCAGCCUUCCUGUUUUGAGCUAAAUGAGCUCUUAAAUUUUGAGGAGGAAAACAUUGUUCUUUCCAUUUUCACAUGAAAAUAAAUUAGAUAGCAUUAACUGGCCCCCACUGCCUGCCCUGUGUUCUGCUGCUGCAUUUGUAUAUGAGGUUCAAGCUCCUGUUAAAAAGGCAACUGAGGAAAUUAUUUGAAAUACCAGUUUUUAAAGUAUUUUCCCCAUGGCACAGAAUUUACACCUCUGUAAAAUGGAUGAAUCAGUUUGUGUUUCAAAGUUCUGAUGUCUGGUGGCUGCGCUUGUUUGGUGUGAUGGCAUCUUCCAUAUUUUCUGUCUGGUGACCAAAUCUGAACACUCAAUUCUACCUCAUAGAACAAACCUUCACAUCACAUCCAGAGAAAAAAAUAUUUUUGUUAUGUUAGUGCCUGAGGAGUUGUGGUAAAUCACUGGGGGCAGGUUCUUUUAUCCUGAGAGAUGGAGAACUUAAAGGCAAAAAGCAUCAAAAAGAGAGAGCCCAGGCAGGGAUGGGGGUUUUUGGGCUGAGGUCUGGUGAUCUUUACAGAUACAGUGGGGCUGGGGAAAUGUUUCACACACAUACACCAGUGUUUGUUCGCUCCUUCCCCAAAAAAAAUUUUAUUAAGCUGCCCAUUGCUUGGUAUCUCUCAGAGUGAGUUCGUGUAAGAUUUCUGGAGGGGCACAGUGUUGUCCUUAUGCAGCUAAAAAAUCAUAAUAUGGGAUAACUAAUUAAUGUGGCUUGACAAGAGUACAUUUCAUGGUUGCUUGGAGGGGAUGGAAGGGAUUUGUGUUUUCAAUCUCCAGAACAUAGAUGGCCCCAAAGGAACACUUUGAAGCACAGCUUUUUAUUAUUAGUUUUACAAGAUCCUUGCACUGGAAUCAUUAAGAAGAUGUAGUACCUGGUGUAAAUGUGCAAGUAUCUGCUAGACCAUUAGCUGUGGGAGACAGACUGAUUAUACUCAAAGCACUUAGUGCUUUUUUAACAAAUUACUGUGAAAGUCAGUUGUUAAACAGUGUUGUUUCAUUUUCUAGUAGCUCUGUGUAGAAACAUUAGAGUCUUGCUGCUUCCCUUAAUAAGGGGAAAUGAGCCCUCCUGGUGCAAGGGCCCUGCUUGAAAAGGUCAUCAGUGACUAUUUAUCCUUGGUUUCCAUCAAAAAGGGGGCUGUUUCCAUGCCGCAGCAAUAGCAAUUCUUAUCUCAUUAAAAAGGGAUUUAAUUUUUUUGCUUUCUGACAACAUUAAGUCAUUCCUAGCAAUCCUUUGGCCACUGAAGAAUGAGGAAUGCUUUUCUGAAAUAGAGGGAGCUUGAGGUUCAGACUGCAUUGGGGGUGUAGGCAACACUUCCUGUGGUUUUGGCCAAGUAAAGACUGGACAGGGAACUAAAUAACUGUUGUCAAAUAUGCCAGGGGUGACUCUGGAUCAGAAAGGAGCACUGUUCUCCAUGUGCAUGGUGAGAGAAUAAUGACUAGGCUUAGUUUGCAGCAAGGAGAAUCCAGGUUUGGUUUGGGGGUGCUGAUUUUCAAACAGGAAGUACUUAUGGAAGUAGAUUGAGAAGCAGCACUUGAAAUGUGCUUGUGGGGAGAGCCAGAGCUUGCCUCACAGCAGCUGCUGUCUCAGUGGGGGUGCCAUGAUCAUGGCAGAGUGAAGGGAGGGGACAGUGGAGAUGAAGUUGCAGAGGUAAAUGUGGUGGUCACACAAAGCCAGAUGGGGUGUGCAGAGCUUAAGGCUUCUUACAGCUACAUUAAACCAAAUAUUUAACACAGACAUUUUCCCCCGCUAAUUCCUCAACUCAUUGCUCCUUUUGCCUCUCCUCUGUGCUGGGUGAACAGUGAGCCUCAAGGGAGGGGCUGGAGAGGGGGCUUUGCAAACACACUGUGCUGACAGGAGAUUUUAUGCCAAGGAUUGUUAUUUGGUUAAAAGCAGCAGGAUGUUCACUUGCAGAGCUGAAACAGGGCCACAGAUAUGAGGGUAAGGAAAGUGGGAGGACUAGUCAGAAGGGGAAUGUCUGAGAACAGCUUCACGUUAAUUAUCAUCGUGCUUCACUUGGAUAUCAGUUCAGAGCCAUGUGUGGAACAUAAUUAAGUGUCUUGGUAAUAAUUGGAUUGUUUUGGUUGCUAGGUGAAAGAACAAUGGUGUCCUCUGUACUGUCUUCUUCCAUGUUCUUCAGGGUAGACUUGGCGUAGCCUCUGGUAGCCGAAGAUGACAGAGGAACCUGCUGUCACCUCUGCACGUAUUCUUGGGGUCCCUGAAGGCCCAAGGCAUCCUUGCAUUAAUGCAUAUUUCUGAAAAAACAAAGCUUGCAAGGAAUCUGGGUCGAUAAAGGCCUUUUCUGCAGCAUUCAAGGCUGGGCUUUGUUUUUAUUCCCAAUGACAUUAAGUCCCAGACGUAAUCAUGGGCACAAGGAAGAAGUCAUGUUUCUUUGUAGAGGAAAAAGGUGAUAUCAACUUCAAUUCCUCCUAGGAAUUAAAAAGAUAAGACUCUCAUUAUUCAUAUAGGGUUUGAUUUUAGAAAGAACUAAGCCUUACAAUCUAAUGUGUCCAGUGUCCAGAGGAAAGGCUGAUGCUUUGUAACUUUAAAAAAAGCUUUUGAUUUAACAGAGCAUUUACUAUGAUCUUAGGAAGGUUGGCUACAAUGGUUUGACUGUGCCUUGGAUCACACUUACAUCCCCUUUCCAGCUGCUCAAGAUCCAGCCCACGAUGAUCAACCCUUUCCUAAAAUAAACAGCCUAAAUGCACAGACUCAGAGCCAAACAUCAUCGUACAGCCUGGCUGAUUGGGAUGAGCAACAGCCUCGUGCAUGUUUGUCUCAUUGAAAAGACCACGAGGUGGAUGUAGCUGGGUUACAAACAGCUGUGCUGGUGCCCUUUGCUUUGCAGAAAGCAAAUUUGGACAGAGCAAUCUGCACUGAGCACAGGGUUACAUGCAGGAUGGGGAGGGCACAUCGCAGAGAAGCUCCAGCCCAUGGGUCCAGCUACAGUUUCCAGAAAGUAUCAGCCUCCUUUUAUGAAUUGGCAGGAGCUGGAUCCCAUGAACCCAUCAGUCAUUAGCUGUGGAGGGCCGGGCAUUCCGGAGCUCAUGGACAGUCAGCUGGGCUCUCCUGUCCCUCCCAAGACCCAGCACACGUGAAUCAAAAUAGUUGGGUGAUGUCACAUCGUGGUGCCAGUGCGCCUGGGACACUGCGGCCAGGAAUUGUCUGUCCAGGGAUGGUUUCCUUUUACAGCCUGCUGAAAGAGUCGUCAUGCCGAGCCGCACGUGACGGUUCCCCUCAAGAGGGCUGGUGGCUCCUUCACACCGUCAGUAGUUUGGAAACAAGCGAGCUUAUCAGGCGGAUCCUGACCUUUUCCACAUGAGCCGAUCCGCUGGGAAAUGUUUUGGUCUCCGAGGCUUCUGACAGCUGAUGUAUAAGAGCUCUGUGGCUGCAAGCUGGGAAGACUUUGAACUUCUCCCCGUGUCCCCACAGACCUGCAGGGCAGUCACUGUAUGCCGGAAUUAAGGCUGGAAGCGCCUGGCGGGCAAGGGUCAGCAGCCGGCUGCAGGACAGCUCUCCACAAAGACCACAGCCAGGCACCUCAGAGCUGAGCUGCUGGCCAGCUGGACUUCUUUUGCAGCCACAUUGCCUUUCUGGAGAGCUCUUUUCUCACACCUGGGCUUUUGGUGUAAGCAACACCUCGCCUUGCCCCUUGUGCUGCUUUUUUUUCUCCAACGCCGGGCAUGAGCGACAGCUGCCGCCACGCGAGUGCAUGUUGCAGCUCAUGAAGCGUUUUGGCAGCUUCAGAGGGAGCAAGAAGAGAAAGGAGCGAUGCAAAAUCUUGGAAAGGCGCCACUCCGACCCCCAGGGCCUGGCUGCCUCUGGCCUCUCCUCUUCUCCAUCUACCCCAACACAAGUGACCAAGCAGCCCACGUUUCCUCUUGAAUCCUAUAAGCAUGAGCCUGAGAGACCAGAAACAAGAAUUCACUGUUCCUCCCCUCCGGACACGGGGCAGAGAUUUUCUCUGCCUCCAUCACAAAGUGCAGCCAAGCCUCCCAUCAUGACACCAGCUCCCUGUGCUACCUCAAAACCUGCGGCGGCAGCGGCUCCGGCUCCCUUGCAGCUCCCGGCCGCCUCCGAAGGGAUGCUGGAGAAACUAGAGCUCGAAGAUGAAGCACUUGAAGAAUCGGAAAGUGACAUUUAUGUGCGAUUCAUGAGGUCACACAAGUGUUAUGACAUUGUUCCAACAAGCUCUAAGCUUGUUGUUUUCGACACUACGCUACAAGUAAAGAAAGCCUUUUUUGCCUUGGUGGCAAACGGUGUGAGAGCAGCUCCACUGUGGGAGAGUAAAAAACAGAGUUUUGUAGGAAUGUUAACAAUUACAGAUUUCAUUAACAUACUGCAUAGAUACUAUAAGUCUCCUAUGGUUCAGAUUUAUGAAUUGGAGGAGCACAAGAUAGAAACCUGGAGGGAGCUUUAUUUACAAGAGACUUUUAAACCUUUAGUGAACAUCUCCCCAGAUGCAAGCCUUUUUGAUGCUGUAUAUUCGUUGAUCAAAAACAAAAUCCACAGAUUGCCAGUUAUAGAUCCAGUCAGUGGAAAUGCACUUUAUAUACUUACCCAUAAAAGAAUCCUCAAGUUCCUCCAGCUUUUUAUGUCAGAGAUGCCAAAGCCUGCCUUUAUGAAGAAGAAUCUGGAUGAACUUGGAAUAGGAACUUAUCACAACAUUGCCUUCAUACAUCCAGACACUCCUAUCAUUAAAGCCUUGAAUAUAUUUGUAGAGCGAAGGAUAUCGGCGUUGCCUGUGGUGGAUGAGUCAGGAAAAGUUGUAGAUAUUUAUUCCAAAUUUGAUGUAAUAAAUCUUGCUGCUGAAAAAACAUAUAAUAACUUAGAUAUCACAGUGACACAAGCCCUGCAGCACCGCUCGCAGUAUUUUGAAGGUGUUGUAAAGUGUAGUAUGCUGGAAACACUGGAGACCAUUGUGGAUAGAAUAGUGAAGGCUGAGGUUCAUCGUUUGGUGGUAGUGAAUGAAGCUGAUAGCAUCGUGGGUAUCAUCUCCCUCUCUGACAUCCUACAAGCUCUGGUACUCACACCUGCAGGUGCCAAACAAAAGGAGAACGAGAGCGAAUGACUGCUGUGAAUGUAAACAUUUGUAGGAGAACUUGAACAGAGUUUCUGGGUCGUUUGUCUCAAGAGCAGUGACUGCAGUGGAACAGAGCAGGAUGGUUGAGAAUGUGUUUUGGGACUUAGUGAUGGAUGAUGAGUCUCUUCCCCCCAGUGAUGUCGCAAAAAAAGCAGCAUGACAAAAGCUUAUGUUAAAAUGUAGGCUCGUAUUUCAAAACGUCUUCAAAACAUUUGCUGGAAGACUUCACAUGAUGUCCUUCAUUAAAGUGCACUGUAUUCUGAAACUUUUUCAUUUUGUAUUUGACAGAAGUCACUGGUCAGCAAUGGAUAAAUGUGGCAUAAGGCAAGUGUAUGGCAUAUUCAUAUCAUAGUGCCUUAUGUCAAAAUACAGCAAUAUGUCAUCACUGUUGCCCAUCACUGUCAAAGGAAGUGUUGUGCUAAACGAGACACUGUAUUUGAAUGUGAAAGUCUUUAAACCUAAAACCAAAUCAGUUUCAGUUCUCAUUAGAUUUGUCAUAAAAGCUGUAAUUUGGGUAUCGGUAGACUUCUUUAAAACUUCAAUGACAGUUUUGUGUUCAAUGUUGCAUUCUGAACUGAAAUGUAAAACAAGACUGAUUUGAAAACAGCUUUAUUUAUUUUUACUUUCAUGACAAUUUUUUACACAUCUUUGGUGGAUAGCUAAAAUUUCACCAUAUCCAUUAAUAAACUGUUGAUUGUUAUACAAACAAGUGGGAGAUUUUUCUCAUUAUUUAAAACUUUGGAGUUGCAGAAGCUGUGCCCUGUUCACCAGUCUGUUACUUGAGCUGAAGAUUUCGGAAGCAUGGAUUGGAAGUGCUCUGUCCUGUCAUACACAGGCACCACGGAGGAAAAUGAGGUGCCAGAGGACAAUAUUUUCACCUGUAUUAAAGUGUAAAAUGAUGUUUGUACAACGAAAACCCAAAACUUUUUAUUGUAUAUGAUUUGUACAGAAGCAGAGGAGUGAGGAAAGCUGUGGGGUAUUUGCUAAUGUAAAUGUAUUGUAAAGUUUGAAGAUGAGACUUUUAUAAUUGUAGAUUCUUGUAGAUGGAAGAAAUUAAACCCUACAACAUCA